AUGGUCCUAACAAUAUUUGGCUUUGAUAUACAUUUUCACAAAUUCAGGGUCAUCAGAGUUCAAAGUGAUGGAGCCCACGAGGCUAUGCUUGGCGAGGGCCAAGUCCCCCAGAUCGUCAGCAAAGAGACAAAAAAAGCUGACGAAUAUGAAGCCCUGCAGAGUUUCCUUCGCAGCAUCAGCUCUACAGCCACAUUACCACCUUACGUGAAGGGAGAAACUUAUUCUUCAACACGAGGUGUAUUCAACCAGUGCCUCAUAACAUGUGCCGUCCUGAUAUUGGCCGCGGGCGCUGGUCACCCUAUUGGUUUCUCGGCUGUCGCCCUACCACAGCUUAGAAUUGAGAACAGUACUAUGAGAAUAGAUGAUGAAAUGGGAUCAUGGAUCGCAAGUAUUCACUCAGCUGCCACACCGCUGGGGUCCAUGUUGUCAGGACCUAUCAUGGAGGCUAUAGGCAGAAAGCGCACGUUACAGACGUGUACACUGCCCCUUAUCAUUGGCUGGAUCAUUAUAGGCACGGCCUCUCAUCAUGCUCUGCUCCUGUUGGGCAGAAUCGUAUGCGGAUUCGCUGUCGGCAUAAUGGCAGCGCCUUCACAGGUGUAUUUAGGAGAAAUUUCUGAACCAAGACUGAGAGGGUUGCUAAUAGGCACGCCGUUCGUGGCGUACUCGCUCGGCGUGCUGUACGUGUACGCGCUGGGAGGAGCCCUGCCGUGGAGAUCAGUGGCACAUCUGUCCACAGUACUGCCAGCCCUCGCCUUCAUCGCACUGUGUCUCUCACCGGAAAGCCCCACAUGGCUUGCCCGCCGAGGACGAUUCCAUGACGCCAUGGCCGCCAUGGCACGCCUGCGCGGAGACCAUGACACUGCCCAAAGAGAACUACACGAACUGAUCUCAGCUCGGGAGAAAGAAAAGGCGCGCGGUGAAGAAAAGAUAAAGUUCCUAGAAACUGUCACUAGGGCACCAGUACUGAAACCACUGCUUUUGAUCAACGCAUUCAACAUACUGCAGAUUUUGUCUGGAAGCUACGUUGUCAUCUUCUACGCCGUGGACAUUGUAAAGGACUCCGGUGGUGCUCUGCAACCUACCAUGGCAGCUAACGCGAGUGCCUUAGUGCGGCUCGGCGUCACCGUAGUGGCGUGCAUACUUCUGCUGCGAAUCACACGUCGUGCCCUGGUGCUGGUCUCGGGUAUAGGCACAGCCGUGUGUACCCUCGCUCUGUCCUUCCUGCUCUCCCAAGGCCCCGGCUCAGGGAUCACACCGCCAGUCCUCAUCCUCGGCUACGUCGCCUUCAACACCCUCGGAUUCUUCCUACUCCCCGGACUCAUGAUUGGAGAACUACUCCCCACCAAGGUCCGAGGACUGUGCGGCGGCUACAUCUUCUGCCUCUUCAACUCAGUACUCUUCGGAUUCACCAAACUCUACCCAGUCAUGAAGAACGCUAUAGGAAUCGCGGGAGUGUUUGGACUCUUCGGAGCAUCCUCUCUACUCGCUACUAUAGUUCUAUUCCUACUCCUACCAGAGACGAAGGGCAAGUCUCUCUUACAAAUAGAACAGUAUUACCAAAAACCCAACAUAUUGUGGAUCUCUCGCAAGAAAAUGACGACAGAAAGCCAAAGGGUCUGA